AUGGGAUCCACCCUCUCCAGCUUAAUCGGCAACGGCCAUGGAAUCAACCAACGGCGAGUCAUCUGGACCUUCGCUCGUCCAGGCCUUCCACUCGUCUCCACGCUGGCGGCUCCAUUACGAGUCCACCAAGCAAUUGAUGUGGGCCGCAACUCGCUUUCGACCGCAACUCGGCAACUGGUCAUCAUCAAUUCAGGCCUAAAUUUGCUGUUAGCGAAGGCUAACUCGUAUUUUAUCGAUGGUGGUGGGUUUCUCGGCCACAUGGUGUGGACCGUGCAAGAUGAUGGAACUGCCGCCAUUCCCACUGCGCUCAACCACGUCACUAACCUGAUCAACGGCAUCGCGAAGGGUAGACGCUACGCCUCCAUCUCCGGUGGAGGAAAGACUAUCGAGAUCUGUAACUUCCUUGGGGAGAAGAGGAGCGAGAAAGUGAGAGAAUGGAGAGGAGAGAUGGUAUCCGUGUCAGGGAUCUGCGGCAAAAGAGUGUUGGGGGAUGCGAGACACCACAUGCUUGGCUGCUUGGCUUCCAUUUUGGCUAAAGAGCUCUUGAACGGCCAGAAGUUUGGGGUCAUCCGAUGUGAGGAAAUCUGCCUUUCCAGUGGUCUGAUGCGCCAGAAGAUGAAGCCCCUUCAAAGAUCUUGUGGAGAACUGUUCGUGGGUAUGAUUUCAUUCCUA